AUGGAUCCUUUACCAGCUGCAUAUUACGGCGCAUUAGAUACAUCUAACCCCGUCAUUUCUGCUUUUGAGAAGGAUUUAAAAGGAUUUAAAUCGUAUAUAAAAAGAAUUCGUGACUCUCACACACGAGGGUCUUUGAAACUGUUUGACAUCUGGAAGAAAUACGAGCCUCGUCUCCCGAGCCCUUAUUAUGAGGAGAAUCUGCUGGACGUAGCAGAUUUUCUUUUUGAGAAUAAGUUUUACAGAUUGUCCCUGUGGCAAGGAUACACUCGCUACCUCCACCGGUACUCCACUGCCAGCUUGGAAAACAUCAGAGAUGUGGAGCACUUCAAGCAGGCCUUCUUCCCGCAUGGUUAUCAUACUGCAGGAGCAAAGCGUACGUUCCGUGCUCUGUACGGGGAAUGCUUGUGUGUAUUUUACCUGGAACGUGAGAGGUGUAAGCAACCAGAUUACACUUGGAUGCGAAAACUGCUUAGCAUUCUAGCAUUUUUGCGUAUCAUGAUGCAGGCCAUCCUGCCCCAUGAGAGCCUGUGCUGGUUGCUGUACAAUGGUUCUUUAUACAUCUAUAACAUAUGUAGGUUCUUGAUGUCCAUGAGACAUACUGCACAGGCUCUGGAGUAUUUACAGUGGGCAUGUGUGUGUUUGGAGACAUCCAUCCCAUUACUAACUCCCAGCUUCCUGCCCUGGAGAGCCACACUUUACUGUAGUGUUUCUGAAUGUUACUAUGAUGGCCAGGCUGCUGUGCGUGGAGAGGUGUUUGCCAGAAGAGCUCUUGCUAAAAUAGAUGAAUUAGGGAAGCUGGAGAAGAUGAGUGGAUUCCCAUCAUCAAAGGAGACAAAACGGGCUUUUAAAGAAGCCACCAUCAAAGUAGCAGUCAUGGUGUUUAAACGCUCAGUGUAUGAAUCUCGGAAGAAACCUAAAGGAUUUUUCCGGCUGAAACAGAAGGCCAAUCUCAGAGAUGGCCAGAAUAAUCCAUGGCCACGUACCACCACCGAGCGCAUCCUAAUGGAGCUGUUUGAGGGAAGUGCUGCUCAGUUCCUGGCGCUGUUGGAGGCGCUGUGGGACACUUCCCGCAGACCCCUGCAGACUGGGAUACCAGAUGAUCCUGAUAUACAGGAGGUGACAGUUGAACUCAUGUCAGCUGGCGUCAGCAUACUAUCUGGACAUGGUAGCUGCUCCAUUCGCAUCCGUAAUGAGAGCCUGCCUUUGUCUUUGAAUGCCCUUGUUCCUACUUACUCUCUCAUGGAGAUGGCACUAGCUGGUGAGAAUCACAUUUCAGUGGAUGCAGCAGUGAAGUUUGUGAAGCUGCUGUUUAGAUAUGAACAGUGGGACAUGUUUUGCAGUCUUUCAGACAACCUUGUGACGAUACUGUCUAGCCUGGAGGGACAUGUCUUCCGUAAGGCUGAGUUGGAGCUUACUCUGCUGGAGGCUAUGGAGCGUUUCAUGUCCAGUCAAAGGGUUCGGCUGGGAAACAAAGACCUCAUGGCUGAGAUUCAGUCUGAUAAAGAGCAGUCUUCUGGGCCAAUUAGCAUGACAGAUGAGCUCCUAAAUCUGGUCCAGACUCUGCAUGUGUGCGUGUGUGAGGCAGCCCAGGACAUCAGACCAGAUGAGGACCUGGUGCUGGAUAUUGUACUGUUCCUCUGGGCAAAAUGUAAGCCUGUGUUUCAGAGAGCUCAGGCCAGACACUAUGACCCAGCGUGCUACAUAGACAAAAAGGACUUCUCAGAAAAGUGGGUCCAGACCCUGUACCUUCUGUGUGAGGUGGCCUAUGAGUGUGAGCUGGCUGAUGUAGACCCGGUGGCAGUGGCUGAGAUGACUCUUAGACUGGCCUCAGUGCUGGAGGGCAGUGAAGACUCGCCUCUGCUGACCAUCCUAACAAAAGAUUCAAAUGAAGGCGAUACUCAGCAAUCCACCCCUGUAGAGAAACCUACAGCCACACCUAGUAUGAACUCACAUGCAGAACAUCUUGAGAUGGCUUGGAUGGUGUUGGAGAAAGGCCUUGAGUGUGUAUCAAAAGGCAGGACUGUAUGUCUCCCUCAUGAUGCGUCUGCCAUCGCUGACAUCGUAUAUCUACAGAAGUUUAAUGGAGAACAUCUGAGAUCUUCUGGGGAUGGACAGGUUGAGAGUACCAGCAGUUCAUGCAUGAGAUCUCUCUCAAUGGAUAUGCAUAUGGAACUAUUGGGUUUCCAGCACAGAGUAUCUCUCAAACUCUUAGAUAUCUACCCAGAUGAUGAGUAUCCUGAGGGGAGAAAGAAACCACUUAUGCAGAGUGAACUAGGACAGUCGAAUUCUCUACAUACAAAGAGAACCAAACUAGAACGCGGACUGCAAGAGAAGAUUAAGAAAAAUAAAAUUUCCAGAGCUUUGUUUCUGGAACAGAAGGCCUUACUUUCGUACAAGAAAGAUGCUACUAACGGAGCCACCAAAAAGCUGCUAGAGGAGGCUUUGGCAUUACUGGAGAAAGCAGGGGUUGAGGAGAAACAGCUGGUCAGCGCUGUUACUUCUGCAAAAAUGGGUUCAGGAGAACAAGAAGGAUGCAAACCUCCUCCAGCUCCUGUGCUGCUGUCACGUAGCAACCGAGCUUUAACUUUCACACCAGCACCAUAUGCGCUAGAGGAGCAGGUUUGCUGGUACCGUAUUUAUGGAAGAAAAGUAGAAGGUGUUAACCUGAAAGUGCGGAUUGGAGACUGCCAUUUGGUUGGCACUGGUGAAAUGAUCCCUUCUAGAGGAGAACGCCUGUUUUGCAUAAGUGGCCUCGAGCCCAACCAGAAGUAUGUCUUUGCUGUGGCAGCCUAUGACGCUCAAAGCAACCUAAUUGGAUCCAGUAUUGGAGAUACCACCAGGCCGGUGCUAGUCUCCCUCCCCCUGCCUCUGUUGACAGCCUGGGCACAUCUGGCUCAGGUGGCCUACCAAACAGGCCAGUAUGCAUCAGCCAAGAAAGCCUGCAAUGAGAUUUGGAGCCACUUCACUCUUCCACCAGUCGCAGAUUCUGGACCAUGUCAGGAACCAGUGGACAAGGAAUGUUCUGAUGGGCUUGCCCAGACAAAAUUGUGCCCAAAAACAUUGAAGCUCUCCUCUCCACUACUGCAGCAGCUUUUCCUCAUCUCAAUCUUCAUGCAGACAGAUAUCCACAUCCAGGAGAGGGGAUUAUACUGUGACGCCCUCGGUGAUGGAAGCCCUUUGAUCUGGGGACAGGAGGCUAGACUUGCAGAAUGUGAGAGAAUGAUGGUGGCUGUAGAUCUGUCUCUACAUCUUAAUGAUAGCAGUGCUGCCUUGCAGGCUGUAGUGAGCUGCUAUGGCCUCCUGGCACCACUUAUCUUUUAUCAGAUCCCAUCAGACCAUGUGAUUCAGGUGCUAUUGAAGUGUCUGAUGGUGCUGCAGGAGAUCCCAUCCGCAUUGAAACAUAAACAACUUGUCAGUUCGAUUGAAUCAUUAUAUCAUAUGGUGGCCUGCAUCACACACUAUUUAGCCAAGGCCUUGCAAGCCUUCAAAGAGGACCGUAUGGCAUCUUUAGUGAUGGAACAGGGCAAGCAUCUUCUCCUGGAGAUGACUGAGAGUCUCCAGCAGCAUGAUAGGGUACAUAAACUCCAGAUGAAGACUGCACCGGAGGAUGAACCUAGUAAGGAGUUGAAGGCUCUAAAGCAGCAUGAAUAUAUGGGGACAUAUAGAGACAGUGAUAACCCAGCCUGGAACAGAGAAGCAGACAGUUUUGAUCAUGACCUUAGUGGAAAAGAGGAUCCCAAAAUUCUGUAUAAGGUCAUUGGUUCCAGCUCCCUCAGGAAUGCCUUCAAAAAUUUGAUGAAGUUUAAACGGAUGUCUUGCUUUAUGGAGCUUGCUGCGCUCCUGCUACAGAAAGCUUUGCAGGAAGAUCAGUUACAACUGCUAAUACAGUGGGGACGAGAAAUCUUCACUUGGAUUAAGAGUCGAGAUGAAAGUCUGAUGAUGUUUCCUGAGAAGCCUUAUGAGAAACCGAAGAAAGAUCAGAAGAAGUUCACGUUAUCUAUCAUACAGUACGGUAAACAAGUUAAUAAAAAGAUAAACGGGGGUAAUAAAAAGAAAAAUGGGUCUCAGAAAAAAUGUAUAUCCAGCUCAAACUAUGAGAAAGAGUUCAAGGCAGUGGAGACGAUAAUGAAACACGUUGGUUUGCUGGAAAGGCACCAGUGUCAGAGGGUGAUGAGGAAGGUCUGCUCAGACGAGUUGCCUUGGCGAUGCUGCACUAACCUGACGCUGGCUCAAGCCCAUCUGGGUCUGCUGCGCAGGAACUUACAACUUCAACCACUAACACCUCUCCAACACUGUUACAGCAAGUUGCCUCUGCAUGUCUUCUCUUUGGCACAUACUGGAGCACUUGUGAAAUGGAAUAGUAUUUCCCAGCACCCAAAACCUCCUGAGUUAAGCCCUCCAAACGUCAAACCCAUCAUUUCUAGAGCCAAGGAUAAAAGUCAGGGGACACCAUACAUCAUUGGAGAGGGGUCUGGGGAAAGUGAGACGGAGAGUGAGCAGGAGACUCCACACACACAACUGUCCAGUGACUCAGAAAGUGAAACAAAUGAAACUUCUACACGCCACAUCCUAUUGAACCCACUGGGCACAGUCUACAAGGCCUCAUUACACCUCAGGAGAGCCAUGGUUCUGGCCCAUCGUGGAGAACUUUGGACAUCUCUACAAUGGGUGUGUGAGGUCCUUUGGGAUCAGUUUAACACUAUUGCAUUUUUAGUGGAGUGUACCCAAAGCUCUGAGACUCCCAGUACACUGACACUGGAUCAGUUCUAUACAGUUUUCACGCCACUGCUGACUCUGGCUUCAGAGCUGCUCAUGGACAUGAUGCAUAAACUACAGCAAUGGAAGGUGUAUGAUGAGGAAGGUGAAGAGCUGGAGGCCAGGCCUCUAAAUAAUGGAGUGCUGGUAGAUCUGAUGUGGAUGAAGAACUUUGUGUUGCACACACUGGAGCUUCUCUUCUACCAAGCCAAAUGGGAAACACUGGCUCAUCUUGCCUUGCUCUACAACUUUUAUACACGGGAACACUACACUCAUAUGAUAACCCCUGUACUGGUAUAUGCUCAGAGAAUGCUGCUGGAAAGAAUAAGCUAUUUUGGAGGACCUUCAGUCCCUCAGCCACACUUCACCUACACGGAAAUGGUCACUGGAGAAAAGGUGACUUGUAGGAACUAUGCAGGCAAGCAGCUGCUCUUAAGUUCAAGUUUGGAGAGUUGGCAUGAGAAUGCUGCAAGCAGUGCUGCCUCAGAACCUCUGGAAUUGGCAGAGAGGAAAAGAGCCAUGUGUGUGGUCUCUGUCCCGCUGGACAUUGAAGACACUUUGCGCUGCUUCAGAAAUUCCCUGGCCAAGAGAAGUCACACGCUCCGUGCCUUCCAGCACAGCCGCACACUGCUCAUGCUUCUGCUAGCUGACACACAGCACUCAAUAGAGGUGCCAUUCUGUAAGGAUUCCUGUCACGGCAGAGUGGAGUUUAAUAUAGCAGCCAGCACUGCCCCGUCCAUCGGUCCUUCAGACCUAUCCAAUGAAGACUACAGCUCUGUGGGCUCUGUGUACAGCUCGCCCUUAGCUCCCUCGCACAUCCAGGCCAUCCUGGCCUCUUAUAACAGCUCUCUCAAAUACCUUCAGGCAAACUGUUAUAACUCACUGCAAAUUCAAGCUCUGCAUGAUCUUGGGAACCUGCAUUUCUACAAUGGAAAUCCAAAGGCUGCACAUUUACAUUGGAGCAAGGCUCUGGAUCGCUCCUUACAGACCACAAAUGUGUUAGAAUCCUGGGAUGGUGAUUCAUGGGGCGAUAACGUCACUCAACAGCCACUGAGGCAUGCUGGGAUAUGGGGCUGUCUCCAGGGAGCACUGCUGUCUGCUAAGAUUGCUCAAUAUAUCUUAACAUCCAACAUAAGCCAACGGACAAAUUGCUGCCUUCUCUCUGCUAAGCUCUUUAAGUUUCUCUUGAGGGCGUCCCUGCCUCAUCCUGAAAAUGAUUUGGAAUACUCUUCGUACAAGUUGAAUUUGGAGCUCAUCCCUGGAGUGAAUGUUUUUUCAGGGUUGGAUCAGACUCUGAUCAGCAGCAUUGUGGCCAGCCUGGGCUUUGUGUGUCACUGGCUGUACACCUCAGGACAUCACCUCCCAGCACUUCCUCUUCUGGUUCUCUACCAGUAUGUAGCCAGCAAAGUGUGUCGACACCCACAUCUCACCGCAGGAUGCAGAAUACUGAAGGUAAAGAUGUUAACUGAGCUGAGUCUUUUUGCUGACGCAGUGAAAGAGGUGCACAGUCUCAGCAGUGGAGAGGACGUCCUUCUGCCUUACAACAGCUACACUAAAGCAGAGAAAGCUCUGACAUGGAAGAAGUUUAGGAAUGAGAAACCUCUUAUGGACCCUUGUAAUCUUCAGGUUCUGGAGGAGCUGUUGAACAAAAGACUUAGUAAAGACAUCAUGGCUUUGUAUGCCAACAAAUUGACCUGCCGCCUUCAUCUGGCCAGACUUCAGCUCAUCGUGGCCAUGAGUAGUACGAUUCAUGGCCUACCUGACCCAGUUACAGAGGUGUUGGAGACACAGGAAAGGAGCUCCAGUACUUCCAGCCAGCGUAACCUUAGUAGUGAUGAGUCUCCCACCAGCUCCUCAUUGAAGACCACAGAGCCUGAAGGCCUGCAACUCCAGCUACAAAACACCACAUUUACUCCAGGACAAGUCAAGGCUCAGAUACUCAAAGUGGUCUUGAACCAGCUCAACUCUGAGCUCUUUGAACUUCAGCACAUCUAUACAGACCCUGAGGAGCUGGAAUUAGCUGUGGAGAUCAGACUACUACUCUCUAGUGUCAACCUGCUGCAGGGGAAAGUUGCUUCCAGUGCGGAUCAGGCGGCAUCUGCUCUCAGGUUACUGCAAGACUCUCCGUUGCUCCAGAAUGACACUAAUCAUCAACUGCCCAUUAGAUGCCCAUCUUCUGUGCUUAAGCAGUCCAGUAUCAUAACCAAACAUGAACAGCUGCAUGAGGCAGAGGCAGAUACCAGGCCUCAGCUACUGGACAUGCCCUCUGAAGUGGGAGCUUUAGAGCGUAUCGAUCGCUCACUAUGGCUGCGCUGCACACUGGCUUUGCUCCGAAGCCUCACUGCUCACAUCCCUGGCACUGUCAUCUACCCAGGUGUGGACAGCAGUGUGGAGGCAGACAGAUUGAUCAGACAAGGCCUAGCUGAUGCUGAAGCUUGGGGAGACCCGGACACUCAGGCUCUGCUGCUCCUUCAGGGGGUUACGCUGAACACACACUGUGGGAGGGCGCCGGAGGAGAGCGUCUCUAUGCUGCAGGAGGCAGUUAGUCUGCUGUCUGGACGAAAUACCCUUUCUCUACAUGCCGGUCUGUCCCUUGUUAAGGCCACUCUGCUGCUGAGUGAACUGAGGGGAUCAGAUGGUCAAGCACUUUACAAGACCACUCAGAAGCUACUGCAGCAGCAGCUGAAAACACUAGGGGAGUGUGUUAUGCAGAAGGCAGGGGAAGGUCUGGGGCCACUCUCCACUCCAGGUUGGAAGAACAUUUAUUAUCCACAGCUCACUCUACUGGCCAAGACAACCAUGCACUUGGGCUGGUGUUUGGCCCAGCAGGCCAUGGUGAGCGACGAUGAGCAACAUAAGAAUCUGUGCUUAUUGGCUCAGGAGGAGCUUCAUUCUGCACUCAUCAUCUCACAAGCCUCAGCUAGCAGGGACCCGCAGCUGGAGGCUAAUAUCCUGUACCUCAAAGGAACUGUGGAAAAGAUCCUGUUGUCCAUAGGCACACUCAGACACCAGACAGUGGUGGAAACCUUCCUGGAAAGCAUCACACUGGCCCAUUCUCAUAGCCACAGUCUAAAGUUGAUCCACAUGUGCUAUAUGGAGAUGGCUCUGAUUUAUCUGCAGCAGUGGCAGAGUACCCUCGCUGACCAUGCAGAACCUCGACCACCUGUUGAAUCAGACGAGGGUUCAGACCGGACUCAUGUGGUGCACACUGACUUACUUCUUUUCUGGGUUUGUCUGAAAGCUGCUGCAAAGACAUUGGAAGUUCUCACAAAUCAUGGCCAGUUGUGUGGCAUUACUACAGCAACAGAAGGCCCAAUUCCUCUUAUAUCUCUGAAAGCUCUUGCUGAUUUUGCCUUGAAUGAUCUACUCAGUCCUUGUGGUGGGAUAGAGGAGCCCAUGAAAGUUCACCCCAGGUCUGUUCCAGAUGUGGACAGUGAGCUAAAAGUCAAAAGAUGCCAUGAGAUCACCUGGGUGCACCUCUCUCGCUACUAUAAAUACCUUCUCAAUCUGAGGCACAUCUCCACACAACGAAUGGCAGGCCAGAGUGUGGAGGAGUUUAUGUCUCCAGCUGGUGAUUCGACUUUAACUCUUAAACUCACUCAGUUACACACCUUCUUUAGUGAUCACCUAGCAACUUACAAAGAGCAGUGUGUUAUACCUGAUCCUCCAUCUGCCCUCAUACUGGAGCCCCAGACUAUACAGCAAAAGAUGUCAGAUCUGUAUCCGUGGGCUACACUGAAUACACACCAGCUCUGCAUUCAGUGGCAUCAACCCACCCUGGCCGGCUCUGGACUAGCAACCGAAAAGAUAAUGCUGGUCUUUGCACUGAAAAAAGCACUGAUGUCUGACACACAGCCUAACAUGCCGGCUGCCACUGACAUAGAGGCUGGACACAGACUUAUCUGUACAGACAGUCUGAAAGCCCUCCAUGCCCAGCUGAUCUCAGUGUGUGUGGAAGCUGAGAUGGAUUCGACUGUGUCUGCCUCUACAACACCCAGCAUGACCGUCUCUCUCAGCUGCAUACAGAAGAGUGAACAUGGCAGCAAGAGCCCUGUUAAAGACAGCACCAGCACACAGAAACAGAUUCUGCUGGAGAAAACCAGGCAUAUCUGUACUGAGCUAAGAAACCUGCUGCAACCUGAUUUAAAGGGAAAUCCUAUCACAGAGAUACCUUUUGAGCCGAGUGUUCAGAUCUUGUGUGACCUGGAGCGCUGUUUUAAUUAUGCAUCAGGAGCCACUUUGGAGGACAGAGCACUAAAUGACUGGCUCUUCUCUCUUCUUAUUUGAACCUUUAACCAUGUAGCUGUCCUAAAGGAAUUCUCCAGUAGUUCUCGAACUAAUAUCUAGCUACUGGAUUGGUAUCAUGUGUCUGAUAUUUAUAUACUCUAUAUAAACAAAUUUCUAUAC